AUGUCUUCUAUGCGCGGGCUGGUUCAGUUCAUAGCUGAUCUGCGGAAUGCUCGAGCUAGGGAACUGGAGGAGAAACGUAUCAAUAAGGAGCUGGCCAAUAUCCGACAGAAAUUUAAGGAUGGAAGCCUGAACGGCUAUCAGAAGAAGAAAUAUGUUUGCAAACUUCUAUACGUCUAUAUUCAAGGCUAUGAUGUCGAUUUUGGUCAUUUGGAGGCUGUCAACCUGAUAUCUGCUACGAAAUAUUCUGAGAAGCAAAUAGGGUACCUGGCCGUCACGCUUUUUCUUCACGAACAGCAUGAAUUACUCCACUUGGUAGUGAACAGUAUCCGGAAGGACCUGCUGGAUCACCAUGAGUUAAACAACUGUCUUGCUCUACACGCGGUUGCCAAUGUCGGUGGAAGGGAAAUGGGUGAAGCCUUAAGUGCAGAUGUGCAUCGUUUAUUAAUAUCCCCUGCAUCCAAAGCCUUUGUCAAGAAGAAGGCUGCCCUCACCCUUCUCCGGCUAUACCGUAAAUACCCAGGAAUUGUCCAGCAGGAGUGGGCUGAGCGCAUCGUAUCAUUAAUGGACGACCCAGACAUGGGCGUAGCCCUCUCUGUCACCUCUCUAGUCAUGGCGCUUGUUCAGGAUAACCCUGAUCAAUAUAAGGGAAGCUAUGUCAAGGCAGCCCAGCGACUGAAGAGGAUUGUUAUUGACCAUGAUAUUGCGCCUGACUACAUCUACUACAAUGUUGGGUGUCCUUGGAUGCAAGUUAAACUGCUUCGAUUGUUGCAGUAUUAUCCUCCCUCGGAGGAUGUCCAUGUGAGAGAUCUAAUAAGGCAGAGUAUUCAACAAAUCAUGAACUCCGCCAUGGAUAUGCCAAAAAAUGUUCAACAAAACAAUGCGCAGAACGCGGUACUCUUUGAAGCCAUCAAUCUCUUAAUCCACCUCGACAGUGAACACACCCUCAUGAUGCAGAUUUCCUCCCGUCUUGGGAAAUUUAUUCAAUCCCGGGAAACAAACGUGAGAUACCUUGGAUUGGAUGCAAUGACUCAUUUCGCAGCCAGGGCAGAGACCCUGGACCCCAUACAGAAGCAUCAAAACAUCAUUCUUGGAUCUUUGCGAGAUAGGGAUAUCAGUGUCCGAAGAAAGGGGUUGGAUCUCCUUUACAGCAUGUGUGAUACGUCAAACGCCCGACCCAUCGUUAACGAGCUUCUCAAGCACCUUCAAAGCGCUGACUUCGCCAUUCGGGAGGAAAUGGUACUCAAGAUUGCUAUUCUAACAGAAAAGUAUGCUACGGACGCUCAAUGGUAUAUUGAUAUCUCGCUCAAGCUGUUAUCUGUGGCCGGCGACCAUGUCAGUGAUGAAGUUUGGCAGCGAGUUGUUCAGGUAGUUACGAAUAACGAAGAGCUCCAAGCUUAUGCCGCACAACACAUUUUGGGUUAUAUCAAGGGAGAGUGUCAUGACAGUCUGGUGAAGAUCGGUGGUUAUAUCCUGGGCGAAUUUGGUCAUCUCAUUGCAGAUAACAAAGGAUGCUCACCCAUCGAGCAGUUUCUGGCACUAUAUUCGAAGAUGGCGUUCUGUUCUGACAACACUCGGGCCUUGCUCCUAUCAUCCUUUAUCAAGUUUGUAAAUCUCUUCCCAGAGAUCAAACCGCAAAUACUUCGAGUCUUCCAAGUAUACAGCCACUCGCCCGAUUCAGAGAUGCAACAACGGGCUUACGAAUACCUAAUGCUUGCUACGCUACCUACUGAUGACCUCUUGCGGACCGUCUGCGACGAGAUGCCACCUUUCUCUGAGAGAAUUUCAGUCCUAUUGUCCCGACUACAUCAAAAGAGCUCUGGAACGAGUGAUAAGCGGACCUGGGUUGUUGGAGGCAAAGAUGCCAACGCAGAUGAUAAGGAGUUUAUGUUGACACAGAAUACGGGUCUGAAACGCACCUUCACAUCGGCUGCCAACGGACCGGUUGCUGCACAGCAGACAGGGGCGAAAGGCACAACAUCCAGCGAUCUGGAAGGUUUGGACUUUGCUUCAUCCGGCGAAACGGCACCGAACUUGGCCAGUGCCGCCCAUUUAUCUCCGGACUGGGAGCCUGGGUUUAACCGACUCUUCUUCGCGACUGAGGGAGUCUUGUUUGAGGAUGCCCAAAUCCAGGUUGGUCUUCGUUCCGAGUACCGAGCUCACCUCGGAGUCUGCAAGCUUUACUUUGCAAAUAAAUCCGCGUAUUCAAUCGGGUCGUUUACCAUAACGCUGGAUAACCCUUCACCUGAGAGUCUGAAGAUUGAUACGAAGGAUAUACCCGACCCAGAUGUUGUUGCAUCUGGUCAAACACACCAAACAGUUUGCUUCGAGUGUCUCGGCCCGUUUACCAAGGCGCCCACGAUUCGGAUAUCAUACCUUGCUGGUGCACUGCAAGCGUAUACCCUGCAGCUACCUAUCCUCAUGCAUAGAUACAUUGAGGCUUCGUCCCUGACGUCGGACGAUUUCUUUAAGCGUUGGCGGCAAAUAGGCGGUGGACCCUUGGAGAGCCAAUCGACGUUUGGCCUUGUAAAGAAAGGCCGUCCUCUAAGCGAAAGAGAUCUCCAGUCAAUUGUCGAGAGUUUCAAAUGGAAGAUUCUUGCAAAUGUUGACCCGAACCAGAAGAACCUUGUUGGAUGUGCUGUUUACCAAACCCAAAGCUCGAAGACUGGGUGUUUACUCAGGCUUGAGCCCAACUAUGAGAAACAGAUGUACCGCAUCACCAUUCGGGCGACCCAAGAGGGCGUACCGCGAGCCUUGGUUGAAUUGAUGGAGGACAGAAUCUCUAGAGGAACUGUUGGCGAUAUCUUUGGCGACUAG